AUGGUCAAGGAUCUCUUGCACCCGUCCUCCGUCGAGGAGAAGCGCAAGCACAAGCUCAAGCGCCUCGUUCAGUCCCCCAACUCCUUCUUCAUGGACGUCAAAUGUCCUGGCUGCUUCAACAUCACCACUGUUUUUAGCCACGCGCAAACGACGGUCCUCUGCGGCUCGUGCUCUAUGAUGCUCUGCCAGCCCACGGGCGGCAAGGCGCGCCUCACCGAGGGCUGCUCGUUCCGAAAGAAGCUCGAUUAA